CUGACAAAAAAAUCUCUAGCCGUGCUAAUUGCAAAGUUUUCUUCUUGCUUUGUAAAUAACGUUUAAGUUUUAAAGGAAUAAAGCUAAUUCCUUAUUUGUAAAUGAAAAUGUGUGAAUACAACUUAAAUUUCAUUUGUUUUUAGAAUAAAAUACUAAACAGUUGGAUAAAAUCUUUAAAUUAUGUGGUGAAAUCUAAAAAAUAUAUAAAUUGAUUUACUUUUUAACUGAUAUUAUAUAUCGCAAAAUGGAAGGCAAAAAAAUUUCAUUUGGUUUUAUGAAAACAAAAAAGGAUAACAAACCUUUAAUUACUGAAAAGAAAGAAUACAUUGAAUGUGUUGAAGAAAAGUCCAUCAAAGUUGUGGGAGGGGAAGUGAAAGAAGAAGAUAAACUGUUGGUUAUACCAAUGAAACCUAACAAAUUAAUCACUGCUGAAAGAUUAAGAGAAAUUGCUGAAAAGGCUGAAGAUUUUGAAGAACUAGAGACAAAAAUAACAUCUGAUGACAAAAACCUUCCAAAUCAAGAGACAAUAGACCAAAUGGCAGUUAGAGAGCUCAUGGAGGAAGCAAAAAAAGAAAAAGUCUUGGAAACUCCUCAAUUAGUUCUGCCAAUGAAUGCUAAACCUGUUAUUGAGGGACAAAUUGAGUCAACUCUUGAUGACUACGACUCUGUACCUGUACAAGAGUUUGGCUUGGCGAUGCUGAGAGGUAUGGGUUGGACUCCAAGUAAAGAUCAGUCUAAAUACAAACAGCCACAAUUGCGACCAAAAGGACUUGGUUUGGGUGCAGACAAAGUGAUCAAAGAAAAUCAGAAAAAAAAGUCUUCCAAUGGUAAAGAAGAAGACUUUUCCAUAGUUAAGAAUUCAUUUGUGAAGAUUACCUCCGGCAAGUACAGUGGGUUUUAUGCUAAAGUUUUAAGUUUAGAUGAAGAAAAUGGCCGUGUAAUGGUCGAAAUAUCAGUAAAGAAGGAAACAGUCAGCUUGAGUGAAUUUAUGAUGCAAGCAGUAUCUAAAUCUGAAUUUGAUAAACAAUCAAAAGUUAUCAAUACUGAAUCAUACGAAGAAUAUAAAAAGAAAGAAUCUUAUAAACAUAAUAAUUCAAAAGUAGAAGAUGUAAGGAAAGAUGGUUCUUCCAGUAAAAAUUCAAAUGAUAUCAGAGUUAGGGAUUCUUCUAAAAUAGAAAGGAGGGAAGAAGAAAGACCAAGGAGAAAUGAACAAAAACAUUCAAAUGGUAGAAGUAGAAAGAGCGGAAGUAGAGAGAGAUAUAGAAAAGAAUCUUCUAGCAGUGAAGAGGAUAGAAGCCGACACAAAAAUAAGAACAAAAAAAAAUAUAGUAGUAAUGAAUCGUUGACAUCUGAGUCCGAUAACAGGCAUAAGUCAGUAACUAGAAGACGGCAUAGCAGUAGUGAUUCUUUGGAAAUAAACUAUCGUAAAGAAAAAAGUAAAAAACAUAAAUCAACGAAAGAAAAGAGAGAUAUCGAUAAGAAACGAAAAGGAAAGAAGAAGAAAAGAGAUAGAGAUCGUUCUCCGAAUUAUAAAAAAUGUAGAAAAUAAGGUUUUUAAUAUUAAAUUUAACUUUGAUAUAAUUUAAAUCAUUUUAAUAAAGAAACAUCCAAUC